GACCAUAGAUAUUAGCACAUAGAGUACAGACAAACAAUGUCUAAAGGUAUCUAUCAACUGGGAGGGAUAUCUCAACACUCAGCUCCUGUAGUAGGAGAAUCAGUGUUCCUUUGGGGAGGGGGUAAGCCUGACUUACCUGUUGUUCAUGAUUCCCCACAAAAGAGGAAAUUGUUGUCCACCAUUGAUAGACUGGAGUUUAGGAUUGGUCAUUGGUCCUCUCACGUGACCAGAGGAACGUCACCUCCUCUAGGAGCUGUAGGAUACUUCUGUACUACCAGAAACAAUGACAUCUUCUUUUUUGGCGGUUGGUGUGGACAUGAUAUCUGCUAUUAUAAUGAAGUCAACUCAUUUAACAGUCUGACAUAUGAAUGGAGUAAUAUAAUACCAACCAGUGAUGCUGUAAUGAAGAGAGGGUAUGGUGGUAUGGUGUGUAUGGAGUCUAUAGGUACAGAAUACCUAUUUAUGAUAGGAGGGAUUGGUUCUACACCCACUACAUACCAAUCACAGUAUCAGUAUAUUCAGUUGGUUACUGGUCAUAUUCGUACUAACGAACAGAAUUUAUUAGAUUUAUCAACAAGACAAUGGAUUAUUCCAGCUAUUAGUGGUCAGUGUUGUUCUCCUAUUAAUUCCUUUGCUAUUCAAAAGAUUACUGAUAAUAAAGCUGUUAUGUUUGGUGGAGCAGUGCCUAGUGAUGAUGGUAGAAGCUUACUUGUUAAUACAGUCUAUACAUGUCAACUGGAGUCUGAUACUACAAUA